GUGUCAAUGGCGCUGAGUGUCUGCCGCGACCACAUUAUCAUCCAUACAAAGCGACAACCAUUUCUUUUCACUUCAACAUCUCGAAGAAUACAGUUCUGUACUCGAGAGCAAAAUGUCUCACCGUAAAUUCUCGGCUCCUCGCCAUGGUUCAAUGGCAUUCUACCCAAAAAAGCGUGCCGCUAGACAUCGCGGAAAGGUAAAGGCUUUCCCAAAGGAUGAUCCAUCCAAACCAGUCCAUUUGACUGCUUUCCUCGGCUACAAAGCUGGUAUGACCCACAUUGUGCGUGAGGCUGAUCGUCCAGGAUCAAAGAUCAACAAGAAAGAAGUUGUUGAGGCUGUCACCAUCAUUGAAACACCACCAGUGGUUGUUGUUGGUGCUGUCGGUUAUAUCGAAACACCAUUCGGUUGCCGUUCAUUGGUCCAAGUUUGGGCUCAACAUUUGUCGGAAGAAUGCCGUCGUCGAUUCUACAAGAAUUGGUACAAGAGCAAGAAGAAGGCAUUCACCAAGGCCAGCAAGAAAUGGACCGAUACAUUCGGAAAGAAGAGCAUCGAAGCUGACUUCAAGAAAAUGAUCAAAUACUGCAAAUACGUUCGUGUCAUCGUACACUCGCAGAUCCGUUUGAUCAAGCAACGCCAAAAGAAGGCUCAUAUUAUGGAAAUCCAAUUGAACGGAGGUUCCAUUGAAGACAAAGUCAACUGGGUGAAAGAACAUUUGGAAAAACCAGUUCCAGUCAACCAAGUCUUUGCCCAAGACGAGAUGAUCGAUACCAUUGGUGUAACCAAAGGUAAAGGUUUCAAGGGUGUCACCAGCCGUUGGCACACAAAGAAAUUGCCACGCAAGACACACAAGGGUUUGCGUAAGGUCGCUUGUAUUGGUGCAUGGCAUCCAAGUCGUGUAUCGUUCACUGUUGCCCGUGCCGGUCAAAAGGGUUACCAUCACCGUACCGAAGUCAACAAGAAGAUCUACCGUAUUGGUGCCGGUAUCCACACCAAGGAUGGCAAGAUCGUCAAGAACAACGCUUCCACCCAAUACGAUUUGUCCGACAAAUCAAUCACCCCAAUGGGUGGUUUCCCUCACUAUGGUGAAGUGAACAAUGACUUUGUCAUGAUCAAGGGAUGCUGCAUUGGUUCACGCAAACGUAUCAUCACAUUGCGUAAAUCAUUGAUUGUCCACACCAAACGUUCGGCAUUGGAACAAAUCCAAUUGAAAUUCAUCGAUACCGCAUCAAAAAUGGGACACGGUCGUUUCCAAACACCAGCCGACAAAUUGGCAUUCAUGGGACCACUCAAAAAGGAUCGUAUCCGCGAAGAACAAGCCCAAGCCGCCACUGUUGCAGCCAAGACAGCUUAAAUUUGAAAAGAACUAUUUACAAUAUUUCAUUGUAUUUGUAUUACGUCUGAAAAUUCCAUUAUAAUAAUAAAUGGAGUAAAAGACAAAACACA